UGUGGUUCUGCAGAGAUGGAGGAGGCAGUGGUCGGGCUCGGCGCCGUCACGGUGCUGGGCGUCCUGGAACAAGUUUAUUUCUCCCUGCAGGUCAUCUAUGCCAGGAGGAAGUACUCGGUUUCCCCGCCCAGCACCAACGGACCGCCGGAGUUUGAGCGGAUCUUCAGAGCUCAAGUCAACUGUUCAGAGUAUUUCCCCAUCUUCAUCAUCGUGCUGUGGACAGCCGGAGUCUUCUUCAGCCAAGCUGUGUCCAGCUGCUGCGGCCUGCUGUAUUUAUACGGACGCCUGUGUUACUUCAGGGGAUACUCUGAGUCUGCACACGGACGUUUGGUGCCGCUCUACUUCAGCGCUAAGGUUCUGUGGGUUCUGAUCGGGUUCUCCUCUGUUGGUGUUCUCCUCACGUUCUGUCGAGUUUACCUGAACCUGGACCUGCUGCAGGAACUCGGCUUCUUCUGAUCCUGACGAGGAGGAGGAGCAGUGAUGAAGAUGAUGGUGCUCUGCAGACACACUGAAGUCUGACCAUUAAAUAUUAAUAAAGUAAAAAUUUGUCUUUUGAA